GAAAUCUUUAAGUUCAAGUUUUAUCAAUAUUUUGUGGAACACCUGGACAUGUUUUGUUGUUUAAACACAAACUAAACUUGUAUUAUUAUAUUUAAAAUAAUUAAUAAUGCUUGUAAUUCCCUUUAUCUAUUUAAAACCUAAAAACAAUUUGUGUCCCCGAAAUUUGUUACUUCCGGACAAGUCAGGUUUGUUACGCCAAUUUAUUAUAAAAAAAACCUACCAAAUGCUUUUUUUGGUUUUGCAAAUAUAUGGCAACACUUAUAGCCUAAAGAUCGGCCAUCUUAAAAUUGAACGCCAGUGUCAUUUCGUCGCUAGUGAGAGUGUGUUGUGUUACCGAUUGGACUGAGAAGAAAUUCGUCGUCAGAAAUAUGCCAUUAACAGCUAAAGAAAAGAUGCGUAGGUAUAGGGAGAGGUUAAAAAAUGAAAAUCCAGAGAAGUAUGAGGAACAGCGAAAAAAGAACUUAGCAAGAAUUAAAUCAAAAAAGAAAAAAAUUGCAGAAAUGACACAAGCUGAAGCAGAAUCAAAACGAAAAGAGUGGAGAGAAGAAAAAAAGAUAAGCAGACAACGUCAACAUAAUAUUAAUAGACCAUCGCCUAUGCCUGUGUCUGAAAACAUAACAACAGAACAAGAAAAGAGAACAGAGGAAAAUAAAAUUAAAAACUUAAAAAAGAAACUUCAACUGUGUCAAAAACAAAACAUAAAUAAUAAAGCUUUAAUUAAAAAGAUGAAAACUAAAACUGAAUGUUACAAAAAAAGAAUUCAGAGAUUACAACAACAAUUCAUUAAAUCCAUAGCUUCCUUACAAAAAUCACUAGAUAUUAUUAAAGCCCGAAAUGAAGUAUUAGAGAGCGCAAUAAAAACCAGUUUCUCAAGAUGUACGAAACAUUCAGAAAAACAGUUGUUGAAAAAAGUGGUUCACAAUUCGAAAAAUAAGCAAUAUACUUCUAAAGUGCUUGGAUUGAAAGUGACAGCAAGACUUAAACCAAAGAAGGCAAAAAAGAUAGAGAUUCCAGAAAUAAAAGCUUUCUUCGUAAGAGACGAUGUUAGUAGAAUAACAUCAGGUAAAAAAGAAUGCAGAGUAAAGAAUAAAAACAAACAACAAAUUAGGUAUCUUAUUGACAGUACUCCAAAUCUUCAUAAAAAAUACAGAGCAGAGGGAGGGCGUUAUGGCAUUACUACUUUUUACAAAAAUAAGCCUUUCUUUGUUUUAUCUCCUCAUAUCCAAUCAAGGUCUACUUGUCUGUGCGAAAAACAUGAUAAUAUUAAAUUUCAAUACGAGAGUUUAAGGAGACGUCAUAUAAUAAACGAAGAUUUCGACAAAUUAUUGCAAGAAUUAGUAUGUGACACAAAAAACCUUGAAUGUAUGUACAACAAAUGUGAGAAAUGCAAAAACAAAACCCCACAAUUUGCGGCAGAUCAAGACAUACUACAGACGGUUAAUUGGAACCAGUGGGAACGCCAAGACCAUGUAUACACAAAAAAGGGUGGAACCACAGUUCACACAAAAAAGACGGUUCGAGUAACGAAGACUGACACAGCGCAAAAAUUGAUGGAUGAUUUUAGCCACGAUAUUAUUGCUUUUAAAAAACAUCAUUUUAAUAAUAUUCACCAACAAAGACAAUAUCAAAAAGCGGUCACUAAUAUGAAAGCUACUGAGGCCGUUAUAAUUUGUGAUUUUUCAGAAAAUUAUCAAAGUAAACUAACGGAAGAAAUACAAUCUAUGCAUUUUGGUGCCUCGAAAUCGCAAAUCAGUCUCCAUACUGGCAUGAUUUAUUUGAAAAAUAGAUCACAAUCUUUUUGCACGAUAUCUGACAAUCUCACUCACCAACCUCCUGCAAUAUGGGCCCACUUGUCUCCUAUUUUAGAUACAGUUAAAGAGAUGUGCCCAGACGUAGAUGUUAUCCAUUACUAUUCGGACGGUCCAACCUCUCAGUAUCGACAGAAAUACAACUUUUUUUUACAUUCCCUAUUUACCAGACAACUUAAUCUUUCUUACUCAACGUGGUCAUUUUUCGAAGCUGGUCAUGGCAAAAGUGUGGCAGAUGGAAUCGGUGGCACCAUAAAACGGAUGUUAGAUAUGAAAGUAUGUCAUGGCGCCGACAUAAAAAAUGCUAGAGAUGCAUACGAGGCAAUUAAAAAAUCUGAAACUAUUAUACAAGUUCACCUUAUUGAGGAAGAAGCUAUAAAUACAAUUACAAAUAAAAUUUCUGACAAUAUACGUGUGUUGCCGGGUACCAUGAAAGUACACCAAAUCAUUUCAGACACACAGACAGACAAACAUAAAAUUAAAUACAGAGAUGUCAGUUGUUUUUGCGAACCGCUAAGAGGAAAGUGUUCUUGUUUUUCUCUUGGUGAACACUAUCUACAAUCAAGCAACGGUAAUCCAUUACAACCACUUCCAUCCUGUGCAGAGUUGGAUGAGGCUGACUUAUUACAUGAUUUAAUUGAACUUGAGCUUCCAUCACCCACACCUUCAUGUUCUAUUCUAACAGAAGAAACCGCCUUAUUCGAUACAGUUGAUAAGGAAGAAGGGAAAAAAUAUUUUAUGGACAGUUCGAAUUCGAACAGUAUGCUAGACUCAGCACUGGAUAUCGACAAAUUACCCCUAAUUAUUUUGCCAACCUCUCCUGGUCCUAGUUCUAAGCAAAAUAACGUACACAUUACGCCAAAAUUUAGUUCAUCUAAGAGAAACAUGAAGUUUCAAAAUUGCAAUUUAUGCAGAUGCACAAUACUCGGUCAGGUAGCUAAAUGUAUGGGAUGUAAACAAUUCUACUGCGAAGAUUGCGUCGGCGGCGGUCCCAGUUAUUUUGAUUAUAUUUGUGAUAAAUGCUUUCAAAGUAGUGAAGGUAGUUGCGCUUGACUUCUGUUUUAGAUUAAAUUAUAUUUUCAAUUACGUUUACGCUCGCCUAUCGUUCGAGUUUUCCAGGUUGAUCUGAUAUUCCUAAAUUAUUUUAUUUUAGUAAUAUUAGCUUUUUUUUACAGAUUGUUAUCUCCUUCAAACGAUAUUGAGACAAAUUAGAGUCAUAACUGCUAAAAAGAUGGUGGUUGUUGUGGAUAUAGAUAAAGUUUUAACAAAAUAUGAUUUGCUGCAGUAUUAUUACUACAAUUUAAAGUGGCCGUGGGCUGAGACACAUUUUAUCCUUUCCUCUGAGUGUGGGAAAUGCCAUGUAAAUGUAACACCAAUCAGUGCUACGGGUAUUCGACCGUUUCACUUUACCUUAUUAAUGAAUGUAAACGACUUAAAGAUGCUGUUAUGUCGUUUAGAAUGUUGGUGUGAUUAUUGUGAUGCGCUUAUUUACGAUCACUAUCCAGAAGACGAAUGCAAAAUUUGUUCUUAAAGAUAGUGAGAACAACUUAAUAAAGAUUGAAAAAUAGUGCCUUUUAUUAUCUACUAAAUUUUUAAGGUUUUUGUUAGUGAAGAAUAAUAACAUAACUUGAAAAUGUUGAUUGUUUAUAAAACUAAUAUAAUUUAAAGAAGACCUAUAUAUUAUGUUGAUUAUUUUGUAAGAAGCCAUAGCAUGCUAAAAAGAACAAAUUUUGACAUACCUAUGUAUUAAUAACACGAUUUAAAUCAUUUAUAGGUAUAAAAAUAAGUAACUAAUAAAACUUUGAAUAAUUUAUAAUAAAUAAAUACUUACUGUGUUCCUUCUUAUGGAUCUCAUUAGAAAGAUAUAGAUCUCAUUAGAAUAAGAUUUAAGCUCAAUAUUUAA